GCUGGAAAGUAGCCACCUUCUCGUGGUUGCUGCAGGCAGCAAAAAAACCACAAUCCUCCCAUGUCAUCUCUGCUGCUCCACUAACACUUCUCCGCCCUCUCGCUUUCCUCUGUGCUUUGUUUCUCUCUAGUCUGUUAGUAGUUCCAAACGAACAAGCUCCGACGCCACCAUCCCUACUAAGCUCAGUCGCUCGCUCACAUUCUUUCUCUCCCUCCGUAUUCCAAGCCCCCAUCUCCUCCAAUUUCAAGUUCGAAACGUGAAGCAAAGAUUAUAUCUUCAGUGUCCGAGCCGGAGCAGAGUCAUCGAUCAUCAGCGGGGUUAGCAUUGAGGACCGAGAUGGUGGCUUCUACAUACCACACACGUGGAAACUAGUUAACACGAGUUUGAUGCAGCAUAACUUCUAUGAUGUUUCAAGAGAAAAUGAUCAUGUACUCAUCGAAAAGCUCAAAGGGCACGGUGUUUCCUCUACGAUCAAUGUUCGUCUUCUUCAUUGCACUAUUCGGUUUCUACGUCUGCUACUUCUCCCUCACUCAGAUAGCCUUAGAAAAUGAAGAGGAAGAAAUGAACGAUGUGGAAGAACGAACAAAAGUUCUGUGCACAAGACCUGCUUCAGCCGUUCCAUAUAGGCAGAUGCGAUAUGUGCAUUUUCCAAGACCUAUGAGCUAUGACAGGGGCGAAUGCGCAUGCACUCCGGUUCGUUUCUUUGUCAUUGUAUCCAUGCAAAGAUCGGGCAGCGGAUGGUUCGAGACUUUGCUGAACAGCCAUCCCAAUGUCAGCUCAAAUGGUGAAAUCUUCGCUGUGAGAGAGCGAAGAGAAGAUAUUGUGUCAAUCUUGAGGACGCUUGACAGGCUGUAUGAUUUGGAUUGGCGCACCAGUGCGGCAAAAAAUGAAUGCACUGCUGCGUUCGGAUUGAAGUGGAUGCUAAAUCAGGGUAUUCUGGACUAUCCUCAUGACAUUGUCAACUAUCUGAACAAAAAGGGUGUCAUGGUGAUUUUUCUCUUUAGGAGAAAUACAUUAAGGAGGCAUGUUUCAGUGUUGGCCAACGACUACGACCGAAGAACAAAGCAGCUGAAUGGCACCCACAAAGCACAUGUUCACUCGCUAGAGGAGGCUGAGAUACUAGCGAGGUUCAGACCGGAGCUGGACGUGUCGUCUCUGAUCCCAAGCAUCAGAGAAGCCGAGCAGUCCAUGGAAGCCUGCCUGCGCCAGUUCCGUGCAACGCGCCACAUGAUCCUCUACUACGAGGACCUCAUCGGCGACGACAAUGCACUGUCUCGUGUGCAGAAGUUCCUGGGAGUCCCGGUGAGGCCGCUGUCGAGCAGGCACGUGAAGAUCCACACCAGCCCGCUCCCGGACCUGGUGGACAACUGGGAGGAGGUGAGGGAGACGCUCAGGGGCACGGAGUUUCAUCACUUCCUUGACGGGUGAAGACGCCCUUCCAUUCUUUGUUGGGAUAAUAAGGAAUCGGGAGUUGUCGUAGGACGUAGGAGAUUCUUCUGCAGUCAGCCAGGAGUUCUAUAGAGGAAGAGAAAAGGAGACUUCUGUCCUCAUUGAUAUCUUUCAGUGUGUCUUUUCCUUCCAAGCUCAGAAGGACAUAUUACAGCUUAGCAAAAUAAAGUUAGGCGUAACUAGUCUUUCCUACCUGCUGUAAUCAUUGUUACAAUCAUUCAUAACUUUUAUCAAAUA